GAGGAACGCGAGAAGCGUGAGCGUACUCGGGGCCAGAAAAGCACGCGAAACAUCAUGAUCCGUCCAAAUAUUAGCAUGCAUUUAUCGGGAACGAGAAAAGGGUAUAUCGCGGCACGAUAAAGUCCGGGUUGGACGAGGCCGACACGUAUAGAGAUCGUAGCUAUCUAUCCGCAUAGUACUACAUAGUACCGUACCGCGAGGGCGCGAGGCCGCGACCCUGAGCCCGAUACGCGAGACGGGGAAUAGAGCGUUUCGGUAGCGGAAUAGUGCGCGGAACAAAUACGUGUCAAACUCGGUCCACGGAUAAGCGAAGUGGAGCAUCGUGCGGUGCACACGGGUGUCUGCUAUCGUUUACGUGCGUAAAGGUCGAGAGUUCAUGAUCAUUCAGCGCCUCGAAACGAUGAUUUUACGAGGCGUUUGACGACGGUCUCUUUCCCCCUUGCUUUUUUUCGUCGGCGUAUGAUCGGAAAUUAAUCAGCGAGAGGCGGCCGUAGAACUCGCGAUUCUGGACGAUUUUCGCUGGACGGUUCCCAUACAUACGCAUAACCUGUCAGGAAUUUCUGGCCCGCUGUCCACGCAGCCACGUUCGAAGAAACUUGGAAAAGUGGUGCGACCGUUGAAUUUCUCUGUAACAGAGGCUCCCGAAGAUGCCGCUCUUCGGUAAAAAGGAUUCGAACAAGAAGAUCAAAAAGGAUGGCAAAGACGACAAGUCGCCUUCCGUUGAAGACAAAUACGUCCUUAAGGAACUCCUCGGAACGGGUGCUUUCUCCGAGGUACGUCUGGCAGAAAGUAAGGACAGGCCCAGUCAGAUGUUCGCAGUGAAGAUUAUAGACAAAAAGGCACUGAAAGGAAAAGAAGACUCCUUAGAAAAUGAAAUCAAAGUGUUGCGGAGGUUAACGCAUCCGAAUAUUGUACAAUUGUUGGAAACAUUCGAAGACAAACAUAAAGUUUAUUUAAUUAUGGAGUUGGUAACUGGCGGCGAACUGUUUGAUAGAAUCGUUGAAAAAGGUUCCUAUACAGAAAAGGAUGCUUCGUACUUGAUAAGACAAGUCCUCGAAGCUGUGGACUACAUGCACGAACAAGGCGUCGUGCAUAGAGAUCUCAAGCCUGAAAAUCUUUUAUAUUAUAGUCCAGACGAAGAUAGUAAGAUUAUGAUUAGCGAUUUUGGUUUAUCGAAAAUGGAAGAUUCUGGUAUCAUGGCAACUGCCUGCGGCACUCCAGGAUACGUUGCUCCAGAAGUUCUAGCGCAAAAGCCAUACGGGAAGGCUGUGGAUGUUUGGAGUAUAGGAGUAAUUUCUUACAUUCUGUUGUGUGGUUAUCCACCAUUUUACGACGAGAACGACGCAAACCUAUUUGCACAAAUCUUAAAAGGUGAAUUUGAAUUUGAUUCGCCAUACUGGGACGAUAUCAGUGACUCCGCUAAGGAUUUCAUUCACAAGUUGAUGUGCGUCAAUGUCGAAGAGCGCUUUACGUGCAAGCAAGCACUCGCACAUCCCUGGAUUUCGGGCAACGCAGCUAGCAAUAAAAAUAUCCACGGCUCCGUAGGAAAGUCUUCCUCUUCUCUCAUGGUUGCAGCAAGCCUACCACGCAGCCACGGUGAUACGUCAAAUGCAACGGCUGGCGCUCAACAGCGGCCAGCAACAGCAGGGUCCAGGAUCAACAGGCCCCUCCAGCGACAACCCCACGCCAUACCCCGAUCAAUCGCAAUCCAACCCCAGUCACCAACCCAGAUCAGUGGAGCCUCAAACCAAUCUCAAUUGAAGGAAACGGUUGACCCGCCAUUACCCGUACCGAGCUCGUUGGCCUCGAAUCCCCUCCCAAUUCCUGUCGCUCCGAAUUCACCGUUAUACUUGCGCAACAAACGCUUCAAGCUGUGGGGUAGCACACGCACCGCUCUGUCUACUCUCUUUCAAACGAACGUGUCGUACCUUAGAAAGCAAAGGAAGCAAAAGAAAAGCUGAGUUACGCUAAAUUUUCUCGUCUAAACGAACAAAAUAUUCAAGCCUUUUAACGGCGUUUUCCCUCUUGCCGCUAUCAUUUAAUCUCGGGCAGGAGCUCGCAUAGAUUUCCAGCUAAUCUGCUUUAUUCGUGGUCUCCUGUGACACGGUUACCACUUAUGUACAUUACAGUCUAUAUAAUAGCCCGCGCGAUAUAAGGCGAUUUUCCGAGUCGUUUUCGUUCGUCGCCUCUCCUAUUCGGUUCUCACUGGCUCUGUCGGAACAGUUUACAAAUAGAUCUACGUUGUGCCGGUACAUAUUAACAAUAGAUAUCGAAUUCGUAGCUAUCAAUAGAAUUUUAUGACGAUAUGUUAAUGGUGUUUGAUUUGAUCGAGUAAGACGCGUAGUUACGUAUACAGAUUAAACUCAGCGGUUUAUGAAAUUUCACGACACGACGUUAAGGAAUCUUGCUGGAUCAAAUCUUAAGUAAACGUGUAAAAACUAACGUGAACAGUACAACGACAAGUUUUUAUCUUUUAUAAAGUCUGGAGUAAUACGAAUAGUGGUUGUCUAGAAGAUUUUUUGCGACCGUAAAAGUCUUGUAUCGUGACAAAUAUGUUUUUAAUUUCGUAAAUGAACGUUUCGCGUUUGGAGCAGCGCUGGGACUUGUACGAUACGUAUCGAUGGUAUUCAAGCGAUACGAUACCAAAGUACUUAAUAGGAAGGUUUUUAGAUACCGAUUCAUUUCAGUUACUCGCGAUUAAGUUCCGAUACCCAUGUAACGAUUCAGUUCAUAUGGUGUAAGUAUCGAAUACCAAGUACAUAGGUAUCAAAACGGUUCCAAGUAACGAUACUUGUUCGUCUGGUAUCAAAGAUGGGUAAAAUUCGUAAAACAUCUUUCCGAAAGAUCUCGAUAAAUCGCAAAUCAUUGUGUUUUAUUUGUCAUCUAUUAUUCAACUAAAAUUUUGCCCAUUUCUGUUUGGUGUCGAUAGUAUCGAUAGUCCCAGCGCUACUUGAACGGAGCAACGGCGAAUAACAUCUUUUUGAUUAACCAAUUUGGAGAAGUACGAAAAAAUAAACUUAAGGUUUUUUUGGUAAUACGGUUCAUUACCGUACGGAAUCGUGUUGCGAGACUACGUAAGAUCUGAUUUCUGUAACUACUUAUUUUUACGAUUCGUUGAAAAGUUUAAAAGGGAUAUACUUGCUUCGAUGACCUAAUUAAACGCAAGUGUUUAUAGGAAACCAUGUACAGUGCACUGGAUUACAAAAUGUACAUUGUGUACACAGCAUACUCCUUCUGUUACAUAGUGAUAUUAGUACAUUUCUAAGAACUUUAAAUCGGAUCUAUUAAACUAGAUUUAAUGUAUGUACACGUACAAGUAUAUCGCUCUACUAAUAUUUUUAUCGAUACGUUGCACGGAAACUUCAAGGAAAGUGUACAUAAAGCAUACACGAUUCCCCCGUAUGUCUGUUUGCAAGAUGCAAAUAUAAAAAGCGAAUUAUAUAGCGCGAGGUUUCGGCUUUCGUCGAGAUACCUUACGAGCAAUUUCGCUCUGCAUAAAUUUCGAGCUUUCCUUUUCGACCUGUACUUUUCUUUUUAAUCGAUAUGCAAAAUUGGUAUCUGUAAAAAUAAAUGUAAAGCACAAACUCGGCAUCGAGCUAGUUACGAAUUAAUUAGCAAUGCUCGAACUUAUGUUGCAACAAAAAAAUGUAUAUAUUAUUUAU